GACGCUAGAAGCCAGUGCCGGUUCCUGAAUACGCAGUACCUAAGCUAUGGAGUGGUUCACCCACCACAAAUUCACGCGCCGCUUAUUACCUUAUGUUGUACAAAACAUAAGCCCUGUUGCCUUAGGCCCCUAGUGUAGGGUCCUUACAUUUUGUGUAGGCCAAUGGCACAGUGGUUUAGUUUAACACCUUAUCUUUCAGAUGGAAGCUCAGGCUUGACGCGUAAAAAUGCGCGGACCUACACACACGUCAUAGUUCGGCAGUCGUUGCUUUUACCUUCUUUUUACCUUGCCUUGGCAGGCAUCUUAAAGCGUUCAGCAAUUUCCUCCGAGACUCUCAACUUAAUUCCCCACAGAAGAGAUGUCAGGUUGGUCUUGGUCGCCUAGACAGGCCAUGCUACAAAUGAGCCGGCGGGAGAUGAAUGGCCAACCGCAUCCUACUAUUCCGCCACUGAGCCUACCAAGCAUGCCAGCUCUCAACCUACCUCAUCCACCUGCUCCAAACCCAGCCCUGCCUAUGUAUAACCAUAAGCCUGUCUGUAACAAGCCUGGUCAUUUCCCCGGUUCCAACAACCUUGCGCCUCCUCCUGUCCCUGGUCCCGUCCCCGAUAACUCAACUUCUCCUGCCUACUACAACCCAUCACCACCAUUUGUUCCGCACACAACCGGGGCUCAAGCACCAGGCGGUCUACCUUCACCUAUGAAUACCUCACUCAUGGCAAGAGGGUUAUCUUCUGGAGCACUGCAAAUUCCGGCUCCUGCCCCUGCUCCUGCUCCUGCUCCUGCUGCGACAACCACCAGCUCUAGGAAGCGCAAGUCUGAUGUUGGCCCCGACAACACUCAAGAGAAUCUUUUCCCAGACAAUGUGCCGGAUAUAGACAGCGAAGACGAACGCCUAGCUCUUCAUGAUUCAGACACCUGCAAUGCCAUUCGUCGUAAGAUUCGUAACUGGAUCGAUUCAGGCGCUCAAAAGGUUGGAGAAUUUCAGAAAACCAUUGGAGUCAGUGGCAAAUCCUACAAUAGCUUUAUGAAUCGAACUGGCACAUGGGAUGGCGAGAACACCGAUACGUACAUCAAAGCCCAUCUCUUCUUCAAAAAGCGUGAGCUCCAGGGGCUCCCCCUCAAGGCCAACAAACCCAAGAAAGCAAAGACAGCCGCUUCCGCCAAGGUUCUUGAAGAAGUUCUUGAUGUGAGCAACGUUGACCCUCUUCCUGGUGAGGCAGACGGAACAGUUCCUAUUUACGACACUUGCGACGAUAUCCGCAAGAAGAUUCGGCCUAUGUUAGCCAAGGAGGGAAUGACACAAGCAGCUUUCAUCCGCGCUCUCAAUAAGAACCUCCCUGAAGGGAAAAGCGUAUCGCCGGCCAAUAUGCGGUACUUCAUGGGCCGAAAGGGAGUCCGCGAUGGCAAUACCAACAUCACCUUCUACGCGGCGUAUGUUUUCUUCGAAAAGAAGCGUAUUCAAGCUGGCAAGCCCAAGGCGCAAUUCCGUCAUAAGAUGGAGAAGGCAUGGGGCAACAAAGGUUUUGAUAUUGAGCAUGGGGCCAACCAACAGUACACUUGUUUUGCUGGUGAAGAGCCGGUAGUGGAUGAGUUUGGCAAGAUUGACUUUGUUGUGACAGGGCGACGGAGGUGAGAAGGACGCAUGUGCUUACGAAAAGAAGAAGAGGAAACCUAGAAGAAGGGUUGCAGACCUGUUGGUGUUGUCUGAUACCAUAGCAUUUGAGCUGAUUUAGUGUGUUAUCAUAAACGGAUUUUUGAAUAGGAAGGAGAAUAGCAAAGGCGUAUCUGAGAGGUUUGGUUCUAAUCCAUAUCUAGCAAAGGGAAAGUAUUGUCACCCAUAGCCUCCUCGAUUCUCUUCAUAAUUGCUAGUACUUCUCUUCUUCCAACCGGCGACCAAUUACUUGAACACCCACGGGGCGGUCCAUGCCUGGCGUUCGCAUCAUUA